AUGCAGCAAGAACAGCCUCGCAAGGAGGAGAAAGCUACUGGAGGCGUCGCCGCCCAUCUGGAUUACGAGAUGGACCGCAUGUCCGACUUCGUGGCGGAAAUGACCCAGGGAAUGUAUGAGCUAUACAACACCAAGAUCACCCUAGCAGAUAUUGACAUCGCGCGAAGCAUCUCCCCAGGAUCUUCGGUCCCCCCCACAGUUCCGGAAAUACGUCUACCAGAUUUUGUCUUCGACUCGACUGCCUAG